UUGUAAGGGGAAAAAGUCGGUCGGCUGCUACUGCUAGAAUGCUAGAUAUAGACUUGGCCUAGUCAAAUUUUCCGCAGUCGGCACAUCAAAAGAGUAUGUUCUGUGAGGUUGUGCCCCAUUUAUUAGGAACACCUGUUGGAGUAUUUCGAGUUAUGGAUGUUGCAAAUGUUGUAAAACAAGUAUUCUUUGCCUCGAGUGUGAACAUGAGAUAGAAAAUUGACUAUCAGUUAAUCGAUAAUGGGUGAAUCAUAUUUCAACUUGAAAGCAAAACCUCAAAACAAAAGGCUAUUAAAAAGCAAAUUUCAUUUAGCAAGUUUGGAUUUAUGAGGACAACAAAUUAAAGUGUUGGGUCCAAUCUGCCUUCUAGACCAUCAUGUCUGCAGAAGCCGAGGAGAAAAAAGAUGAUACAAGUGUCAGGGUGGCCAUGAGAAUCCGCCCUCAGAACGGACGCGAGAAGAUCGACAUGUGCCAGAUAGUGACCACUGUAACUGACCAGGAUAAGCAAGUCAUUCUCGGACAGGACAAGGCCUUCACCUUUGAUUUUGUUUUUGACACUCACACUCAGCAAGAUACAAUAUACAACACGUGUGUUAGGGAGUUGAUUGAAGGGUGCUUUGAGGGAUAUAAUGCCACAGUUUUUGCUUAUGGCCAGACUGGCUCUGGUAAAACCUACACCAUGGGGACAGGCUUUGACAUGUCUAUGGCCGCUGUUACUGAUGACAUUGGUAUUGUUCCAAGGGCUGUUGACCAUCUUUUUCUUGGCAUUGAAGAAAGACGGAGACAAGCCUUUGAAAAUGGAGAGCCAGCCCCAGAAUUCAAAGUGACGGCACAGUUUAUGGAGCUUUACAAUGAAGAGAUCAUUGAUCUACUGGACAGCACAAGAGAUCCUGAGUCACGGGGUAAGAAGUCUCACAACAGAAUCCACGAGGAUGCUGGUGGGGGAAUCUAUGUGGUGGGUGUCAACACAAGACCAGUUUCUUCUCUCGAGGAAACUCUACAGUGUCUUAAAUCUGGUGCUCUGUCCCGUGCUACAGCGUCCACUAACAUGAAUGUCUCAUCAUCAAGGUCCCAUGCUAUUUUUACCUUGCACAUAAGGCAACACAGGCUGGUCAGGGAUGAGGCCACAGUAGAAGAAGGCAAAGAAAUGGACUCAACGCAGGCAGAGUUUGAGACGUUGACGGCCAAAUUCCAUUUUGUGGACCUGGCAGGGUCUGAGAGACUUAAGAGGACAGGGGCCACAGGUGACAGAGCAAAGGAGGGGAUUUCUAUCAACUGUGGCCUGCUGGCUCUGGGCAAUGUGAUUUCAGCCUUGGGUGACAAGACCAAGAAGGGGAGUCAUGUCCCAUACAGAGAUUCUAAGCUGACCAGGCUCUUGCAAGAUUCUCUGGGUGGAAACAGUCGCACAUUGAUGAUAGCCUGCAUCUCUCCUUCUGACCGUGACUUCAUGGAGACCCUGAAUACACUCAAAUAUGCUAACCGUGCUCGCAACAUAAAAAAUAAAGUGAUAGCUAAUCAAGACAAAGCUAGUAAACAACUGGCUCUCUUGAGGUCUGAGAUAAUGGCAUUACAGAAGGAGCUGAUGGAGUAUAAAACUGGCAAGAGGACUAUAGAUGCAGAUGGUGUGGAGUCUGUCAAUGACCUGGUCACAGAAAACAGCAUGUUGCAGGCAGAAAAUGACAAACUUAGACAACGAAUCAAAGCAAUGCAGGAUACAAUAGUUGGAUUGAAUGCUAAAAACACACAGUUACUGGCUGAUGCUGCUGUCUUUUCUUUAUAUGGAACCAAUGGGCAAGUAUCCAACGAGGAUAUUUCAAAUCUGAUAAAAAAAUAUCUACAAGAAAUUCAAGAGCUCAAAGCCAAGCUAGCAGAAUCAGAGUUUUUGUGUGACCAACUUAGCAGAAACCGUGUACCACAUUCCCCUGGGUCCCACCUGACUGGCUCGAUGAUGUCUGGGUCACUCAUGUCUGGCUCGUUCAUGUCCAGCUCAAGAUUGUCCAUGUCCUCCUCCAUGACUUCCUCCUAUGCUGGUGGGAUGGAGGCCCCCAUGUCACCUGACACCUCAGAGAAGUCGGUCCUUCACCUUGCCAAACAGGAGAUGAGAAGACUAAAGAAAAGAUCCCAAUCUUUAAACCAAGAAAGUGACAAGGAAAAUGUGAAUGUAACAAGGCUGGAUGUGAGAGAUGAGCUGGGCCAAGACAAGUCUGAUGAUGAGGUCAGAAGGGCAAAUGGUGAAGAUGAGUCAGACACAACAGAAAGUUCAUCAGAUUUUGAUUCAGAUGAUGCAGCUGAGGAUUUGGAAUAUUACCUUUACACAGACUCUGAGAAUGUCCAUGAAGAUCUAGCCAACCUAACGUGUGAGAUCACCAUCAAACAAAAGCUGAUAGAAGAGCUGGAACAGACACAAAAAAAGAUGAAUUCCUUAAAGGCACACUAUGAGGGACAAGUUCAGCAACUGGCGCUAAAGAUAAAAGAAACAGAGAUGGAGAGAGAUAAAGUCUUGGCCAAUAUAGACAAAGUGCAGCAGCCCUCCAGCGAUGCAAUCAAGAAGGUGAAACAAGAAUAUGAGAGGAAGCUGGCACAGCUGCAGGAGGAGCUCAAGAAGAUGCAGGCUGAGCAGAGGAAGCACGCCAAGAUACAGAAGAACAAUUCACACACAGAACAGCAGCUGAAAACUUUACAACAUGAACUGGUGGAGAUGAAGAAAACAAAGGUGAGGCUGAUGAAGCAAAUGAAAGAGGAGGUUGACAAAAAUAAACUGAAUGAAGCCAAGCGCAGCAAGGAAGUGAGUCAGCUACGUAAAGAGCAGUUAAGGAGAGAUAACAUCAUAAAGAACUUGGAGAGACAAACCCUCCAGAAAGAUGCUGUGUUGAAACGAAAACAGGAGGAGGUGGAAGCACUCAGAAAAAAACAAAAGCCAUUGUCUUAUAAAGCUGCUGGAAGAGUGGGGAAAUAUGACAGGCCCACCACCAUCCCCAUUGCACCAAUAGCCACUGGACACAGAAGAAAACGAGUUGAGUUCUCCCCUAAAGUAGCCAAACAGAAAUGGGACUCCAUUGAUAAAAAUAUUGCUUCAGUGAUAACAAAACGCCAGACCAUCAGCAUGCUAGAGAGAGACAUGGAUGUAUGGCUUAAGCAACGAGAGAAAUGUACUAAAGAAAUAGAGAAAUAUGAAAGAAGGAAAAUACAUGCUAUUGAAACUAAUCAGCCUGCGGAAGUUAUUACAAAGCUGAACAAAAUGAUAGAUGACAUCUCAUACAAGGUUCUGCAUGCCCAAGAAAACAUCAAUGAAUGUCAGUCCAAUAUAAUGCAGAUGGAAGAAACUAAGGAAGAUGGUGAUCUCCAGGUGGGCUCACUGCUGGAGACUAUGACACUUGAUGAGGCCAAAUAUACUUUAGAGAAGUUCUACCAGAGAGCUUUGGAGAAAGGAUUAUCUAUUGCACAACGAGAGACUGAGGUGCGUGAGCUACAAAGUCGACUACAUCAGACGGAGCUGAACAAUGCCCUCCAGCAGGAUUUGCUUCGUCACAUGAUGGAUGAUCAUGUCAACAUUGAGGUGGACAGUUUGAUGACACACAAUGACCCAGAUGAUUUGGAAUCUACAUCAAGUUCCUCAUCAUCAUCCCCAGCAGAAAGCAUGUUGGAGUCUGCUGGUGCCCCUUUUGCAGCAGCUAGAAUAAUUCCAACAACUGAAGCUGUAGCCCGCAGAGAGAAGUUGUUCCUGCGUCUAACCCAGCCGGCCAGGAAAAAGACAGCCACUGCACAUGACCUGCUCUAUGCUGGAGAUCCUGCACCUGCUCUGCUGCCUCUCCUGGAAUCUCCAAAUGAACAUGGUUCACCUGGUCUACCUGUGCUGUCUAUCAGUGACAUGUCCAAAAGUGUGGGUGAGGGUAGCACAAGCAGCGUGAGUACAGGGGAUGGUGGAGAUGUCAGUCCAGGCUUUAAUGAGCAGGCCAGUGUUGAUGAUGAGGAAGGAGAUGGUGGCACUACCCUAAUGCCAGCUCCACGAGUACCUUCUAAACCAAAGUCUGUCAUUCCCAGACCAUCUCCAGUGCUCCGCAGAAAGGAAAUUGAGUCAUCUCCCAUGUUGUCUCGUAAAGUACUAUCCCGCUCCAGUUCUAUGGGUGACACAUCAUCAGACACUACCCCACCAGCUUCCCCCACCAUGAUUAGAAGGUCCCUGUCCAGGAGCUCUGAUGAAAAUGUUUUCUCAAGGCUGAGCAGUAACACAGCCAAUCCAUCGCCUAAUCUGGACAGGGGAAACAUAAUUCCAUCCAAUCGAGUCAUGGGCCGGGCCAUGUUAAGCUGUACCCACAGAGCCGAGGGCCACACAAAAGCUGUCCUCUCUGUCUUUGCCACCGACCACCUGCUGUUUACUGGAAGCAAAGAUCGCACUGCCAAAACUUGGGACCUAGGAACAGGAAAAGAGCUUGUAUCGUUUCCUGGUCAUCCAAGCAAUGUCCUAAAGGUGACUUUCUGUCCACGGAGUCAGCUGGUGUUCACAGUCUCUCAGUCAUACAUUAGAGUCUGGGACAUGAGGAGAGGAUCAGAAUCUUGUAUUAAAACACUCAGCUCUGCUGGCCUAACUACCAGUGGACUCCCUACCUUGACCAGCAACCGCCAGAGUGACUCCUCCAGCCGUGACCAUCAGAUCAAUGAUCUCCAGAUCAGCACAGAUGGCAAAACACUUUUUUGUGCUGCUGGAAAUGCUGUUCAAAUCUGGGACCUAAGAAGGUUUAGCCUGGCUGGGAAACUGAGUGGUCAUCAGGCUCCAGUCAUGUCUUUGGUGGUGGACACUGACAACAGACGGGUCAUUUCUGGAUCAAAGGAUCAUUACAUUAAGGUGUUUGAGGUGAUAGAAGAUGCAGCUGGAGUGCUGAGCCCCAAGUUUAACCUGGAGCCCCCCCACUAUGACGGCAUCCAGGCCCUAGCGCUGGCCUCAGACACCCUGUUUAGUGGAUCCAGAGACAUGUGCAUCAAGAAGUGGGACUUAAAGUCUAACCAGCUCAAACAUUCCAUCAAUGGAGCCCACAAAGACUGGGUUUGUGCCUUAGACUUCAUACCUGGUACCAACAUUUUGCUGAGUGGGUGCCGCGGUGGCCUCCUCAAGAUGUGGCAUCCAGACACUUGCCUUUGUUUGGGGGAACUACGGGCCCAUCCUUCUCCCAUCAACAGUAUAGCAACCAACUCCACAUCCAUUUUCACAGCAUCCAAUGAUUGUGUUGGCAUUUGGCGACCUCGAUCAACCUUUGACACCACAGAGAGCACAGAGGCCAGUGAGUCUUGUGGGGACAGCCUGAUAGGUUCUCAACAGAUGCCAUCUUAAUCUGUGUCUGCUGUUUUUAUUAUUAACUUAUUUUAACCUUUGACCUCUAGUGUAAACUCAAUAUUAGUUUGACCUCUGGUGUAAACUGUUAGCUUGACCUCUGGUGUAAACUGUUAGUUUGACCUCUGGUGUGUGGCUGCUGCCUCCCUGUGACCGAGUCUAUAAAAAGAGAUUACUAUUGUGCAGAGGCGUAGCGACCCUUCCCGGCGCCCGGGGACAUACUUUCAAUUUGGCGCCCCCUUGGGAGCAAAUUUUCGAUUUGCACCCCCCCCCCCUCGAACUUUUCAU